GCCUGCCAGCCAUGCCGUUUACACAAACCCACGCUCCCUUCCUCACCAAAACAUUGCUGGGACCUAUAAAUACUAUGUAUAUAUUUCUAGACAAUACAGUCGGCGAUGUUGCCAUAAGUGGCUCACUUUCUGCCAACUUCACGCCUCCAUAUCUUGACACAGGAAUGGGGGGCAAGACUGACCAAGAAUGCAAUUAUACGACUACUACCAUCCAUGUUAUGCUCUCACUGAACAUCCUUCCUAUGAGGUACCUUGUGAAAGAACCGACAAAAACACACCAAGCAAGGCCAACAGGCUGCAACACUCCCAGUGACAUACUAUGAAUAUAAACUUUGGGCGUCUUCCCAAUGAAAUGAUUUAUCUUCAACCACAAGGAGUCUAUCCUCUAUAUGGAAAAUAGUUUUGAUAAAAAUAUCACUGACAUAAUAAAUAAAAAAAACUUUAUCAGGAUAAAAUGAUAGAACAUAAAUAUGCAAUUAUGUCCAGUCGUAAAAAUUACUUACCUUAGUGUCCGUAGAACACAUCAAAAUUAAAAAUUCCUUACCUUAGUGUCUGUAAAGCAUUAUGUCAAAGCUAAAACAAAUUUACUUUAUGUCUCAAUAAAAUUUUAGAAGC